UUCCACGCUCUCUGAUAGGCUUAGCGUCACUGCGGAAAGCCAAACUAUUCGUUCCUAAUCAUCUAAGCAGGUUUAGUCAUGGCUGCUGUAUCAAUCUGUAGUUCUGGCAGGAAUUUGCUGCAGUUCAUGAAACUUGUAGGGCAGCUAAAGAGAGUCCCAAGGACUGGUUGGGUAUACCGCAAAGUAGAGAAGCCAGAAAGUGUUGCAGACCAUAUGUACAGGAUGGCAGUUAUGGCUCUGUUAACAGACGACAAGCAGUUAAAUAAAGACAGAUGUAUACGACUUGCUCUUGUGCAUGACAUGGCAGAGUGCAUCGUGGGUGACAUAGCACCUGCUGAUAACAUCUCUAAGGAGGAAAAGCACAGGCGAGAAAAGGAGGCCAUGGAUCAUAUGACUCAGCUGUUGCCAGGGGAUAUAAAAAAAGAGGUGUAUGAAUUGUGGGAGGAAUAUGAGCACCAAGCGAGCGCUGAAGCCAAGUUUGUGAAGGAAUUGGAUCAGUGUGAGAUGAUCCUACAGGCUAUGGAAUAUGAGGAACUGGAGAAAAAUCCUGGAAGGCUGCAGGAGUUUUUCAGCUCAACAGCAGGGAAAUUUAAGCAUCCAGAAAUUGUUCAGCUGGUCUCCGCAAUCUAUGAAGAAAGAGACUCCAGUAUAGCAGCACAUGCCAAUGAACCUCAGCCAUAGCACGUUUUCUCCAGAAAUAAAAUAUUUAUUUUGUUUUUAUGUUUUAGUGGUCUAUGUUCUUUGUUUUCUGUUAACUUCUUGUUUUAAAUUUUGUCUUUGGGGAAAGAAUAAAUAUAAUUUGUUUUAAA